AUGGCUAUCAUAAACACGGUGACCGUUUUAUCCUCUUCACAGAUUGUCUGGGGGAUUAUCUUUCUAUCCUUUUGCUAUGUAGCCGCUGUCGUGGUUUACAGAUUAUACUUUGAUCCCCUCGCCAAAUAUCCUGGCCCCUUUUGGGCACGUAUCUCAGCAGUCCCUGCAUACUACUACACUCUCAGACAGGAUCGACAUGUAUGGUUCUGGCAGCUGCAAGAGAAAUACGGUCCAACCUUUCGUAUCACUCCCAAUAGUGUCUUGAUCAACACUCCCACAGGCCUCAGGACCAUUUUCAACAACAAGGCAAAUGUCAAAAAGGCCGAGUACUAUAAGACAUACCCACGCAAUGUCCAUGUCAUGACAACAUGGAACACUAUUGACAAGACCAUGCAUGCUCGAAAGAGGCGGGUCAUGAACCACGCCUUUUCUGACAAAGCACUGCGCUCCUGCGAACCUUUCAUCCAUUCCAACAUUGACCGAUGGAUUGAGCUACUCGACCAAGAGAUUGGAGAGAAGAAAUGGUCGCCUUCUUUGAACAUGGCUCGUUGGGCGGAUCAUCUCAUCUUCGAUACCCUUGGAGAGUUGUGUUUCGGUAAAUCGUUUGGCAUGAAGGAGCACGAUAGCGAGUUACGACAUAUCCCAACACUCAUGACUGACUUUAUGUCGACAAUCCACCCGAUUGCCUACUCCCCCUUCGCUCCUCUCUGGGCAUGGCUCAAGCCCCGAGGUUUGGAUUUCCUUCUUGCAGCAGCAGCUCCUCCAGCAUUCAGCAAGUGGCAGGCCUUUGUUGAGCAGUGCUUCACCGAGAGAGUCCAAGUCGAAAACAACAUGCGGGGCUUGUGGGAGAAAGGCGAUAGUCGAAAAGACUUCUUCCACUAUCUCUUCCAGGCCGUGGAUCCUGACACUGGAAAGGGAUAUAGCAAAGAUGAGCUUUUUGGUGAGAGCGAGUCUCUUAUCAUAGCUGGCUCUGAUACCUCUGCUAUAAGUCUUGCCGCUUGUUUCUUUUACCUUUCUCGAUACACUCACGUUCAACAAAAGCUUGCGGAGGAGGUCAGGUCUGCCUUCUCUACCGUGGAUGACAUCAAGGGUGGCCCAGCUCUUUACUCCUGCCAAUAUCUCCGAGCUGUCAUCGACGAGACGCUGCGCAUGAGCCCUCCUGUUCCAGCCGAUCUUUCACGAGAAGUCCAAGAAGGUGGCAUUCUCGUCGAUGGGGAGUAUAUCCCUGAGGGCAUCAAAGUCAGCACCGCGUCCUACUGCAUGCACCACAACCCCGAUAUCUAUCCCGAACCAUUCAAGUUUCGUCCCGAGCGUUGGAUCGUUGACGAUAAGAAUGAGUUUGGUGUUUCCCCCGAGAGUGUCUCUCUCGCUGAGAGCGCCUUUAUGCCUUUUUCUGCAGGUCCUCGAGGAUGCGUCGGGAAGAACCUAGCUUAUCUCGAGAUGAGUCUGGCUCUGGCCAAGAUUGUUUACCACUUUGAGAUCCGACGUGACUUCAGCAGCAAUCUUGGAGGUGGUAGUCCCGACGCCAUCGAAGGACGCCGUACUGUUGAUCAGUACCAAUUGCGAGAUAUCUUUGUUGCUAUCAGAGAUGGACCUAUGGUACAGCUUUCCAAGCGUUCAUAG